UCUGGAGAGAUACUACGAAUACGCUUCAUUUGUCUCUGUACUGAGAACAAUAAAACUACCAUCUGCUGAAACGCAGACACUCCUAUCUGCCAUGAACCUUGGAGGCCUAGAAUUCCAUCCCCAUGUAGAAAAUUAGGCCCCAAACCGUUUCGGGGGAGGGGCGGAGUUUAGAGAUUACCACCAUGUCUCUCCUUUGAUUCCCACCAGCAGGCAGCGAAAAGUGCUGCCUGUAGAUAUCUAUACAGUAACCACCCAGAGAAACCGUAGGCUGCUCCACCAGCAAGCCUUCCACUCUCAGCAGCAGCAGCAAUGGUGCUCUUCAAAAUGGCCAACGUGAUCACGGGCGCGGGCCCCGAAGCUGCCAAACCAGACGAAGGCGCCUCCCUGACCACCGUCCUCGACACGCCGACGCUCCGCGUGGAGCUCGCACUCCUCGUGCUGCUCUGCACCGAUGCGAUGCGCGCCGACCUGCUCGCGACAUUCGACCCAAACAAGACGCACGAGACGACCACGCCGCCGUCCGGCAACAAUGCGACCGGGAGCGGGGCUUCAAAGUCGCGCGACGCGAAGCCCGCUACCUCGCCCGUACACGACCUGAUCAGCUUCGACGGGCCGCAAGAUGAGGCGGCGCAGGCGGCCGAGCGGGCCUUCCAGUACAGGCGGCAAGAAGUAGAGUCGACGCAGAUGCAGGGGCUGCGGAGGGGCGCCCUCACGUUCUUCGAUAAGUGGCGUGCGGGCGUCAUGCACCGCGUCUGCGACGUGCUGUGCGUGCGGGGCGAGGUCGUGAGGCAGGCGAAGGUGAAGAGGAAGGCGGCGCUCGACGAGGCGGAGAGGGCGAGGCAGGGCAAUUCGCUGCUCAUUGAUUUCGGGGGGGAUCCGUUUGAGAGUAAGGCUUCGCCAUCGUCGAAGAGGGGCAGCAAUGGGAAGAAGACGUAUGGUCAUUACGAUGUUAUUGAGAACAAGCUCCUUGAGUUUGAGGAGCCGAAGAGGGUGUUGGUGCUCCAUUGCGUGUUGCUGUUGCUGCUUAGCUUGGAGCAUUAUCCGGCGCAUUCGAGAGUGCUGCUCAUGCGGUUGGCCAGCAGUUUUAUUCUGGGGGUGGACUUGCUGGCAGAGCAUGAGAAGACGGUUGCUCAGGGGCUACUCGCGUCGGCUGCGUCGCAGAUGGAUGCGGAGGAGUCGGCGAAGAAGCAGGCUGCGAACGAUUCAGCAUCGAGCAAGUGGAAGAUCGGUCUCGCUGCAGUGGGAGGUGCCGUGCUGAUCGGUGUUACUGGGGGUCUAGCCGCACCUCUACUUGCUGCUGGUGUUGGCACCGUCAUGGGCGGGUUGGGUCUAGGGGCUGUGGCCGGUCUGCUUGGUACUCUGGCUGGCAGUUCUGUUCUCGUUGGGUCGCUGUUUGGUGCCUACGGUGGAAAAAUGACGGGACGCAUUAUGAGACAAUAUGCUCGUGAAGUCGAGGACUUCGAAUUUAUUCCUGUCCGAGAUCCAGAGAGGCCGUCUAUACAACGUGCUGAGGAGUGGACUGAAGACCAAGAAGCACGAGACCCCGAGAAGCGAGAGCAGCAUCGACUCCGAGUCUCGAUAGGCAUCAGUGGUUGGCUCAACAGUCCCUCGGACGUGAACAAGCCGUGGGAGGUGGUCGACUCAACCGGAAGCGAACCUUUUGCACUCCGCUUCGAAUUGGACUCCAUGUUGCGUAUGGGCAACUCCUUAAACGAUGUGUUGUUCAGCUAUGCAUGGGACGGAGUAACGUAUACUGUUGUUAGCCAAACUCUUCUCGGCGCACUCUAUGCCGGAUUGUGGCCCUUGGGUUUGGUCAAAGCAGCGAGCGUCCUCGACAAUCCGUUCUCAGUUGCCAUCGCACGCGCCGACAAGGCCGGUAAAGUAAUGGCUAGAGCACUGAUGGACAAAGUCCAGGGAGAGCGACCCGUGACUCUCAUGGGCUACUCAAUCGGUGCACGGGUCAUCUACUCGUGCUUGGUUGAGCUCGCCGAACAGAAUGCCUUUGGACUCGUCGAAUCGGUAAUCCUUAUGGGAGCCCCCGUUCCUUCGGAUAGUCGUACCUGGAGACAGAUACGCUCAGUCGUGGCCGCUCGUGUUGUCAAUGUCUUCAGUACCGAAGAUUACAUCCUAGGCUUCCUUUACCGAUCCACAAAGUUGCAGAUGGGCGUUGCUGGACUCCAGGAGGUGCGUGAUGUUUACGGUGUGGAGAAUUUGAACGUUAGCAAACUCGUAAAUGGCCACGACCGUUACCGCUUCCUCGUUGGCAAGAUUCUGGUCAAGGCUGAAUUCGGGGACAUCGACUUCAACAAGGUUGCCGAGCAGGAACGAGCACUGGAGAUCUCCGAGCAGAAGAAAAAGCGGGCACGAGAGCAUGUCAAACGACACAACAAGGACAGCAACAAGCAAGAUCCAUCUACUGAGACAGCAACAAAUAUGAUCGUGGUAUCGGAUAGGAGAACUCCUGAAUUAGGAAGAACAGAGCACACUCCAACGGCAGAGAGAGCUGCGUCCUUCCCAGCACCAAGGCCAUUCAUACAACAGCGACCUGGUGGCCAACAGCCAUUCGUGCGAAACCAAUCGGCCAUGCCUGAGAUGAACAGACUGAACUCUGCGCCGGCAACCGUGACGCAAAGCUCCCUCAUUGACCUGACGGCAGAUGCGCCGCCUACUACAUCGCCAUCAAGCAGCUCCUUUGACUUCGCGUCCGCGUCGUCUCAACGAAAUCAGGUCCCUUCGAACAUGGUGCCCACACCAGCCGCCCCACCGCAACAGCGACCGUCUGUCGACACUGACAGCGAAGACGAGCAUAAGAUCCAGAUGAUCGACAUCGAUAGUCAAAAGUUCUCCCCUCCGUUAGAAGAGAUGCUGCGAACGCCGAAGCCCUCCGAUGCGCCCAAGACGACACCUAUUGUUUCUGUCAAUCACGCUGAGUCCGAAGACGAGAGCGAGGAGGAGGAUGUGAGCAGCGAGUUUGGAGAGCUCAGCAUGGUCGAUCCGGAGCCGCUGGCUGAUGGCGAUUUCGGGCUCAUGGACGACUCGACGAACGAGCGCCGCCGGUGAACUGCCAUUGGGAGUUUCUUUGGGUGGUUUGCUGAUCUUUUCUUGCUUCAUCGAUUGCAGGAUAUGUGUACGUAUAUGGGUAUAGGCAUUAUUGGUUUGGAAUCGGUAUUAGCGCGCGGCUUCUUCGUUUUCCUAGUUUAUAUUAUUUUAUGGCAGAUAUUCGACUAUGUACGACAUGAGGUAUACGCAAAAACGCGAAGUUACCUAGUUUUCGGUCACAAUUUUCAAGAUGAUUAUAUUUAC